AUGGGAAAGUCUGCGGAAUGGAGGACUCUGGACUAUUCAAAGCGUGCCGGAGACUCGCAGGGAGUCGACGAUGUGUUCUCUCGAGCAGCCAGCGGCUUGGACGGGCGGCCAACCUCAACCUCGGACGGAGAGCCAAGUCAGCGGCUGCACCUACAUGAAGGAAGCCCCUCGACAACUUUUCUAACUUGGAGCGCCUUGGGGGAGUUCAGACCCGUAUUGCCAUUGUCGCGGUGGACGGCGGUGACACGCGACGAAGGGGUUUUGAACCAUCUCUUCGCUUUGUUCUGGACCUGGGACCAUUCACUGGCCCGGAUCCUGCAUCGCGAGCUCCUGCUCGACAGCCUCACCGCAGAUCCAGAGGCUCCCGGUCACAUAGACACGUGCUUCUGUUCCCAGUUCCUGAUCAACUCGAUCCUCGCAAUCUCGACGAGCUGUUUUUAUAAGAGCGAUGGCCCGAGCAUGUUUGCGCUCCGCGGUAGUAGCUUCGCCGAUGAGGCAUUCCAGCUUCUUGCCAUCCAGCAGGAACCCAUCGAGGUGUCGCUGAUGCAAGGAGUGGCCAUCCUCUCCGUACACGAGAUGACGUUUGGCGACUUACCCCUGGGCACGAGUCUGUUUUUCGACAAGCUCAGCGCCCUCAAGUCGUCCUCGACGGUACUCGAUGGGCCUGGAUGGCUCGGGUAUGAUCGUGGGAACCCAAAGGCGAGCAAGGUGGAGCAGGCAAUGGCGUCCAUUGCCAACGGGUUCCACUGCCUUGACGUGAGAAUGAGCUUGAUUGCGAACCGUCCAGCGACCGCGCUAGGUUUGUCCGGAACACCCCCGCCUCAAGAAGAGGGCGUCUCCCCGUUAUGGACCCCCUAUCCCGUCGCAGCGGAGCCGCAGCUAUCGUAUCAUAGCCAAGUCAGCGCGGCCGAGUACGAGCUCACGCAAAUGGCCUGUGAGUUUCUACCUGCCAUAGAGGAAAGUCGCUCGAGCGUGGUGCCCGACUAUUGCAGCUCCAAGGAGCUGUACGAUCGCUUCCUCGCGUGGAAGUCAUCCAGUCCAGACAUGCUCAGAUGUCAGACGAUUCAGGCUCCGAGCUGGACAAAUCUCCGAGUGUGGUUCGAGCUGGUGUGCCUAAAGCUCCUGGAGCCGUUUCUGGGCCUCUCGUUCUCGGGCUUCGACGGGGUCGAGUCGGCUCGUUCGCUCUCACGAUCGCACUGCGAAAACCUCAUCUCGCAUCUGUGGAACUAUCGCGCUUCGUUCGGGAUGCGGCUUGAGUGCUGGCUAGUAUACGCCUGCCAUGCCUCGGUCGCGAGCUUGCUGACCAACCUGCCGCUUCCGGGUCCUCACGAGGACCUUCUCUGUCGCGGAUGCGAGCUUCUGUUCGAGAUGGGACACUAUAUGCCCCGGGCAAACGACCUUCUCCUGGCUCUCCAGGACGAAGCCUCCCUUCGGAACAUCGAGAUACCGAACGCGUGUAAGCCGUACCUCGACGCAGGCGCGGCCUUGGCACGGCGCAUCAACAUCAGAAACGUCACGCCCCUGUUGUUUACGCCCGCAAACGAGGGGCUGGAGCUGCAAUCAUGUCAGGUCACUUUCGGGAGUCACAUAGAAGGACUGGAGGAGGAUCAGAAUCAGCGCGACUGA